CAACCUGCCGCCGAGGCCGUGCUGGGCCGCAAGGGCGACACGGACGCCAACCCCAUGUCCAUCAACGAGGUCAUCAUGUCGGCCUCGGGCGCCUGCAAGCUCAUCGACUCCCUGCACUCCUACUGCUUCUCCUCCCGGCAGAGCAAGAGCCAGGUGUGCUGCCUGCGUGAGCAGGUGGAGAAGAAGAACGGAGAGCUGAAGCUCCUGAGGCAGAGGAUCAGGCGCUCCGACAGCCAGGUCAGGAAGCUGAAGGAAAAGCUGGAUGAGCUGAAGAGGAUCAGUUUCCCUUACUUGAACAGCCUGCUAUCCCAGGACUGUGAGACUCCCCAGCUGAACCCUGUGAUGGAGCCCCUGUCCUGGAUGCUGGGCACCUGGCUCUCAGACCCACCUGGAGAUGGCACCUUCCCUACAAUGAAGCCCUUCCAAUACCUGGAGGAAGUGCACAUCUCCCACGUGGGACAGCCCAUGCUCAACUUCUCGUUCAAUGCCUUCCACCCGGACACCAGGAAGCCCAUGCACCGGGAAUGUGGGUUCAUCCGCCUCAAACCUGACACUAACAAGGUGGCCUUCAUCAGUGCCCAGAACACAGGUCUGGUGGAGGUGGAGGAAGGGGAGGUGAAUGGACAGGAGCUGUCUAUAGCUUCUCACUCCAUAGCCAGGAUCUCCUUUGCCAAGAAGCCCCAUGUAGAGCAGAUUACGAGAAAAUUCAGGCUCAAUUCCGAUGGGAAACUCGAACAAACUGUCUCAAUGGCAACCACUACGCAGCCCAUGACUCAGCACCUCCACAUCACCUACAAGAAGGUGACACCCUGAUGCUAUGGGUGCUGGGUCCGAGGGCACGGAGCAGGACGUCGUGCUCCCGGAGCCGCGGAGAUGGGGAGCGUGGCCUGGCCAGGCCCAGAGCUCAGCCCUAGGGCCCUGGAGCUGUCUGUCCUCUCGAGAAUGUUGCUCAGAUGUUUCUGUAAUGGUAUAUUAAAAAAACAAAUAAAAAGCUUUUAUUUUU